GAAGAACCGCAGUGCAGUGCGGCAGAGAGAGAGAGAAGAAGCGGCGGGAAGUACGAUACGAACACCUCCGCCCGCCGCUCUCCCUUCUCUCUCGACUCUCCCGGAAGCUAGGGUUUGCUCCUCGCGCCGGCGUGCCCCCGUCCCGUCCCCAGAUCCCAGGUUUUUGUGAUGGCUCCCGCUAUUGAAGUUGUGGACAAGCUGGCAACCUCACCUCUUAAGGCUCCUGUUCUGAACGAAAGAAUACUGUCAUCCAUGACUCGGAGACCUGGUUCAGCACAUUCUUGGCAUGAUCUUGAGAUAGGGCCUGAUGCACCAACUAUAUUCAACUGUGUCAUUGAGAUACCUAGGGGCAGCAAAGUUAAAUAUGAGCUUGACAAGAAAACUGGACUGAUAAUGGUUGACCGUGUGCUUUAUUCAUCAGUUGUGUACCCUCACAACUAUGGAUUCAUCCCUCGCACACUCUGUGAUGACAGUGAUCCGAUGGAUGUGCUUGUCAUAAUGCAGGAGCCAGUUGUACCAGGCUGUUUCCUCCGUGCAAAGGCCAUUGGCCUCAUGCCUAUGAUUGACCAGGGAGAGGCAGAUGAUAAGAUCAUUGCAGUAUGUGCUGAUGAUCCUGAAUACAAGCAUUUCAAUGAUAUCAAGGAGCUCCCACCUCACCGCUUGGCUGAAAUCCGGCGCUUUUUUGAGGACUACAAGAAGAAUGAGAACAAGGAGGUUGCCGUGAAUGACUUUCUGCCCGCAACCGCUGCUUAUGAAGCCAUUCAGCAUUCCAUGGAUCUGUAUGCUACUUACAUCGUGGAGGGCCUGCGGAGGUAGACUGCUGCUUGGAGGAUCGGCUCGGUUUGCCAUUACCAAAACCAGGAUGAUGUUGACAAAUGCCUGAGAUAAUAUCACCUUACGAACUAUGUACUGUUGUUUUGUUGGUGUGAGUUCUGGACCACUAUUGAUCACCUGAAAGCCGUAGUACUAGUAGUAGCAAAACAAAAGAAUGGGGAAAUGUUCUUUCAGGCCUCGGUGCCACUAUGAUUCAUUGUUACCUUUGUAUCGACGCUCUUGAUAUGAUUCAAGCAAGUAAUCGAAAUUUCAUUCGUUAUUU